AAGUUUCGCUCAAUGUCAUCAUUUGAAUGAGCAGCGGACGAAAAUGUAAAUACAACAACCGUCAACCGUCGACUGCACUGCUGUUACAUCAUUAUGAAUUUUUUUAGACGAUUUUGGUUAAAAUUUUGGUUAAUUCAGUGUCCAUUAAAUGUCGUAAUAAGUUUGGUCCCGAAAUAUAAUUGAGAAGACGUCUGUGAAGUUAGAACCGGUUAUGAGCAAAAUUGAGACUCGGAACAAUACAGUAUGCACACACAUUAUUAGCACCCCUCAAAAUCGGCUAAUAUCUGCUGCCGUAAAUUAAGUAAUAAAGGUCGCCAUGCCUCCAGUGACCUAAAAAUGACCUAAAUCUGUCUCCAUGCCUCCAAUGACCUUAAAAUUGCCUAAAUCUGUCGCCAUGCCUCCAAUGACCUUAAAAUUGCCUAAAUCCGUCAACAUGCCUCCAGUGACCUUAAAAUGACCUAUAUCUGUCGCCAUGCCUCCAAUGACCUUAAAUUUUUUCGUGGCGUAAUAAUAAGGCGCUCGGCUGUUUUUAAAUGCGCACAGAAUUCCAGAUUCGCGAAGCCGUUGUGCUAACUCAUCACCACGAGCUUUUUUCUCUUGCACAAAUUUUCCUGUGUCGUAAUUGUAAAUCUUCGAAAUGCUUUCUGCCGAGAAGAUAAUAUCAAUUUCUUUCGGAGGGAUAUAAUUCAGUUCCUCCUCGGUGACAUUUAGGACUGAACAAAUUGUAUCCAUGUCAAGUUGGACGUUUUCCAAAGUACGAGUCUCCUUUGCUCUCAUAGGGGCAAUAACAGUCUCUCGAUCGGAUUCAUGAUCAAUUUCCGGUUCAGUCAUUUCGAGUAAAGAGGUUCUAGUUAAAUUGGCCUCCGAAUUAUCUGAUGAUCGUAUUUGUGUCAAACUGGGAUCUUCGCACUCGGUGUGUGUUAAAUUUUCAAAUCCACCGUCAGCAUUAUCAUGCAUGUUGUCCGGAUGAUGGUCCUUGUCGUUGUCAUGAUCAUCGUCGGGUUGAAUGGAGUCAAAUUCGCCAGAUAUCUGAUUUUCUUCACGGCAUGUCAUGCAGUACCAUUCUUCGGUUUCUUGUCCUUCUGUGUAGUCACAAUGCUGCAUUCCCUCCCCAUUUUUCUCGUAGUGAUACCACGUACCGCAGCCGUCGCACUGAACGGCUGGUAAGUGGUCAUCGCCCCUCACGCCACAGCGCUUUGAGAAGCAGCGUCUUCCGGAUCCAUUAAAUUUGGAAGCUCUGCCAAUACAAUUUCCUCGGGGUUACGACGCCGAUGAGGUGCAUUUUUCUUCUGUUGGAAUUCCGCCAUUUUACAAAAAAAUGACUUGCGGACUUCUUGACUGAAGCCCUCGUCCUUGACGAAAUUCGCCCAAUAAUGCUUGUUAUCGAACGAUAAAUAUUUUGACUGCGCUGAAUUUCUCUCUGUCUUCGUAAUUUUUUUCUUUGCAGAUUUUUGCUGAUCCGUUUCUGCAAAUAUCUGCGCGAACCCACUGGUUUCAAGUAUUGAGAGAAGCGCUGCAUUCUUAUCUUCUUCUGUAUUACAGGCGAUCAACUUCUCGUGAAGAACCUUCCCUAAUUCGUGGAGAAGGUUAUGCGUAAUUUUGGGUUUAAGCACUGGUGUUCGAUGGUGCAGAGAAGGUCCGCUGGAAGAAUUAUCAUCCGAUUUCGGAUUAGUGGCCUUUAGCCUUGAUUUGUUUGGCUUCGAAUACGGAGCAUAAUUCGCAUUGUAUUCGGCAAAUGGUUGUUUUAAUGGCUUUGAGGGUUGUAAGGGCGGGUUAGACACUGUCCAGCCGCCUGGUGGACCACAGCGCUGCAAGAUUAAUUUCCAUCGGUUAAGCGAAUGUAAUACUAACGCAUUAUUCAUCAAACAGCUUAAAAUCGACUUACAAGCAGUCCCAUUUCGUCACUCGAAAAUGGGAGCAGGGUUGAAUUAGUUCCUCCCUGCUUUUUUCGCAUUUCUUGUUCUUUUGUCAUUUUUUCUCUCUCCUCCUUUCUGAUCCUCUUCACAUCCUUAUCAUAGUCAAAUUCAGGACAUUGUGGAAGAUAUUCAUUCCUCUGCUCAUUCCUGUGUAAUAAAUUUUUCCUUAAUUAUAAGCAAUUUUUCAAAUCCAAUUUGGAUACUAAAAUUAAAUUACAGCAAGCUUUAUGAAAUCGUGUUUAGAGAAAUGGGAGCAGACGUAUGUACAUGCAAACAUGGUUGCAUAAUAAAGUCAGAGGCAGCUUGAGACUUAUGCAUAAAAGUCGAAAGAGAAGGGUUUUUACCAAUGGGUUGGAACUCAACGAAUAAGUUCUGAAAUGCGUAAAAGUGAGUUCUGUAUCAUGGACAAGUAAAUAAGGAUCACUAAACUGGACGGCAUCUUUGUAUGUAUAGAUCUAUGGUUUUGUAUAUGCGGUGUACAUUGGACGAGGGGAAAAAGUCAAACCUGCUCGAUUUAUCAGUAAAGUUUACGCGAUGAUCUUUCUCUCUCUCUCUCGCCACACACAAAAUGAUGCCAUGCAUGCAUAUAUAUGUAUGAAGCCAAAAUUUUGCACACAAACUACGAAUUGAAAUCACGAACAACUAACCGUAUUUGCUCUGGAAUUUCUUCUGCCUGUCUUUCAUGAAUUUCUUCUCGUGAUUCCUUGGCAGGUUCCUCUUCAGAUUCAUUUAGUAACUCCUGCGUCUGGUCCGUCACUUUUUCUGAAUUGUCAACAAGUUGUUCGGAAUGAGUCACACUUUCGGUUUCAGAAGCACUUUCUCCCUCUGUUUCCGAUUCCGACACCUCCUCGUACAUCAUUUUUUAAUUUAAUCAAUUUCAAAAUUUGGCAAAAUUAAGUGAUUCACUUUGUUAGUCAGAGCUGCAACUACAUGACUUACUACGGAGACAAGAGUAUGACAAAAUACUGAACGGAUGCAAUUACCAUUAAUCUUGAGUAAACAAUCCUAAAGAUCAGGGUUAGAGUAGAUCAAAUUUCUCACUCUCAUCCACAGUCCCAGUUUCUCAAUCUGAUCUUGGUUUCUUCUUAGUUUUAAGAUUCACUUUUGCCCACAAAGCAUCCUUAGAAAAUUAAUUAAUUAAUUCACUGAAAAAUGGACGACUUUGAGAAAAGUCAAAGUUUAUCUCAAAUGGGAAUUUAUUACCACAGGACGAGGCAGUAUCGGCAAGCUUUGGAGGUCCUCACCGAAGCCAACAAGUGCCUCAAAAGAUUUUCAAAAGAUCGUGACUCAACUUUUCAACUUCAAGUCUUGACAGAUUUAAUCGGUGUCAAUGAGGACUUAGCAAUAGUCUGCUUGCAUGAACUGGAAAAAGAAAAGUGUAUCGCUGGAGUACACCCUGACAAUGUGGAGUCCAUGGAAGAGGAGGAGAGUGACGACGACGGAAAAUCUUCACAAUUUGAAAGCGACGACGACGAGGAACCACAAGUGCUUAUCUCAGAAUUAGAGACGGGUGUACGCGACGAGGAGGAGGAAAGCUGCAAUGACGGGAAACUUGACCAGGAAAGGAAAAUUACCGAGGAAGAAAACAUAAGCGGAAUUAAGGGCAACUCUGAUAAUAAACAAGGUAUUUGCCACACUGAGGAAAACGACAAACCUUCGACAGCAACGGGGGACCAUAAACAGCCUGAGGUUCUGCCAACCACAAACAACUUACCUACAGCGGUCAGACUGACUAUGCCUGUUAGCUGUGGCUUGGCUGAGACGUUCAAUCCAGUAACAAAUCCGUUAGUUUCUCUAAUGGGUAUGGAUUCAGAAAUCCAUUUCUCAUAUGUAAAUCCCUCAGCCAACAGCGGAACACAAACCAUUUCUAUGCAAGAUCUUACUGAAAACAACGAAAAUGCCACAAAGGGAAAAUCGACUAAUAAGGAAGCAGUUAAAUUAAAGGAAAAAGCAGUUGCCAUAACUGAUGACAUUAUUUUACAGUGUCUCGUGAAAACAGGAAGUGGGAGGCUGUCGGACGUGAUUGGUUUGGACCACGUUAUCGUGAGUAUGAAGAAAACCAUUUUCCUACCAUUGGUGGCGGAGAAAGAAUUUGGCAGUGACCUUCAAGGCGUGCUGCUUUUUGGACCUUCUGGGGUUGGAAAAACCCAUAUCUUAAGCUGUCUUGUGGGGGAGCUUAACUAUAUAAAAGAGGAAAAGUGCAAAACCUUCCCAACGAUAAGCAUCUGGAAGGUAGAGCCAAAAGACAUCUUGCAUAAGUGGAUAGGUGACUCAGACAAGUACCUCAGUCGGAUUUUCGAGUUGGCUCAUGAGAAGCGCCCGUCGAUAAUAAUUAUUGACGAGAUCGACUCUCUAUUAUGUCAGCGAAAAGAGGACGAUCCUGAACACAUUCGACGGCUCAAGACGGGAUUUCUUUCGUGCAUGGAUGGCCUAAAUAAUUAUUCUGGAAUCGUGGUCGUGGGAUUGACAAAUUUUCCGCAGCAUUUGGAUUAUGCAUUCAGGCGAAGGUUUUCGAAAAGAAUUUAUAUUGGAUUACCCGAUUCCUUUGCAAGGGAGCGAAUACUAGCACACUAUUUAAAGAAAACAAAUCUUUUAACGGAAUCAUUCGAUCUUGGCAAAAUAUCUUCAAUGACUGAGGGUUUCUCUGCCCACGACCUUGCUGUUGCCAUUUCAAAACUACAAGCACUUCAGUACACUAGUAACUUUUCCUCCGACGGUGUGAACGAUACUGUCCAACUCAUGAAGGUGGGCUGCAAGCCAACAACAUUGAUAACCCAGGAAAUGUUUGAAGGAUUAAUUCGGACUGAUGGAUCAACCAAUGGGGCCACGAACGAUGAGAAAACCCUUGAUGAGCUUAAAAGGUGGGGACGAGAAUUCGGAGCAGAGGGGAUGACUCAACCGGUUUAUUAUGAAGGAGAGUAUGAGCCAACGCUCAGCUCGUGCCUAUUUGAAAUGUUUUGCUGCCUGUUUUACUAAACAUGAUCUUACUCGAUAAAUAUUAUUUAAAUUCAAUAAAUGCACAUCUAUUAUCAACUUA